UCAUACACUUGUGGUGAGUGUAUCACCAGUGAUGGCUUGCUGUGCUACAAAUGACUCUUAAUUUUAAUUUUGGAGUGCUUUUUCUUUCUUGUACCAUGUAUGAUUUGACUCUUCUGUUCAAAUAGACUAAUGUAAAGGAAGUAAACGCUGCAUUUAUAGUAAUUUUGACUAUUACCACUGUUCCUCUGUUACAGAAAAAUUAGAGGUAUUAAUAUUCCUUGAAAUUUACUGGAACAGAACUGUGCCAGGGAUACAGAUGCGCUAUGUAAAAUUUUCUCUUUUUGGCAAAUGUACUUGCUUUGAAUGAGCUGAAUGUCAGCAUAGAAGAUUUUAAAUUCAGUUUAAUCAAGAUCUUUAAUAUAUGCUUUAUAUUAGCCAGAUGGAAAACACAUUAAACACCCUAUUUGUUAUGUAUGCCUAAGGAAAGUAUCUUCCCCAUGGAUCAUGGCGUUAAUGUUUACAGGACAUUUCCUAAUUUUAACAUUAGUGAUGUUUGGUUUCUCUACUCUUGAAGAGUCUGUGAGUAAUUACUCUGAAUGGGCAGUUUUCACAGAUGAUAUAGAUCAGUUUAAGACACAGAAAGUGCAAGAUUUCAGACCCAACCAAAAGCUGAGGAGAAGUAUGCUUCAUCCAAGUUUAUAUUUUGAUGCUGGAGAAAUCCAAGCAAUGAGACAAAAGUCUCGCACAAGCCAUUUGCAUCUUUUUAGAGCUAUCAGAAGUGCAGUGACAGUUAUGCUGUCCAACCCAACAUACUACCUACCUCCACCCAAGCAUGCCGAUUUUGCUGCCAAGUGGAAUGAAAUUUAUGGUAACAAUCUGCCUCCUUUAGCAUUGUACUGUUUGUUAUGUCCAGAAGACAAAGUUGCCUUUGAAUUUGUCUUGGAAUAUAUGGACCGGAUGGUAAGCUACAAAGAUUGGCUGGUGGAGAAUGCACCAGGAGAUGAGGUUCCGGUUGGCCAUUCGUUAACAGGUUUUGCCACUGCCUUUGACUUUUUAUAUAACUUAUUAGAUAAUCAUCGAAGACAAAGAUAUCUGGAAAAAAUAUGGGUUAUUACUGAGGAAAUGUAUGAAUACUCCAAGGUCCGCUCAUGGGGCAAACAACUUCUCCAUAACCAUCAGGCUACCAAUAUGAUAGCAGUACUCACAGGGGCCUUGGUUACUGGGGUAGAUAAAGGAUCUAAAGCAAAUAUAUGGAAACAGGUUGUAGUAGAUGUCAUGGAAAAGACAAUGUUUCUAUUGAAUCACAUUGUUGAUGGCUCCUUGGAUGAAGGUGUGGCCUAUGGAAGCUACACAGCUAAAUCAGUCAUGCAGUAUGUUUUUUUGGCACAGCGCCAUUUUAAUAUCAACAACUUGGAUAAUAACUGGUUAAAAAUGCACUUUUGGUUCUACUAUGCCACCCUUUUGCCAGGCUUCCAAAGAACUGUGGGUAUAGCAGAUUCUAAUUAUAAUUGGUUUUAUGGUCCAGAGAGUCAGCUAGUUUUCUUGGAUAAGUUUAUCUUAAAGAAUGGAGCAGGAAAUUGGUUAGCUCAGCAAAUUAGAAAGCAUCGACCUAAAGAUGGACCCAUGGUUCCAUCCACUGCCCAGAGGUGGAGUACUCUCCACACAGAAUACAUCUGGUAUGAUCCACAACUAACCCCACAGCCCCCUGCUGACUAUGGUACUGCAAAGAUGCACACAUUUCCUAACUGGGGAGUUGUCACUUAUGGGGCUGGGCUGCCAAACACACAAACCAAUACCUUUGUGUCCUUCAAAUCUGGGAAGCUGGGGGGAAGAGCUGUGUAUGACAUAGUUCACUUUCAGCCAUACUCCUGGAUUGAUGGGUGGAGAAGCUUUAACCCUGGACAUGAACAUCCAGAUCAGAACUCAUUUACAUUUGCCCCCAAUGGGCAAGUUUUUGUUUCUGAAGCUCUCUAUGGACCAAAGUUGAGCCACCUUAACAAUGUAUUGGUGUUUGCUCCGUCACCCUCAAGCCAAUGUAAUAAGCCCUGGGAAGGCCAACUGGGAGAAUGUGCACAGUGGCUCAAGUGGACUGGUGAGGAAGUUGGUGACUCAGCAGGGGAAAUCAUCACUGCCUCUCAACAUGGGGAAAUGAUAUUUGUGAGUGGGGAAGCAGUAUCUGCUUAUUCUUCAGCAAUGAGACUGAAAAGUGUGUAUCGUGCUUUACUCCUCUUAAAUUCUCAAACUCUGCUAGUCGUUGACCACAUUGAGAGGCAAGAAGCUUCCCCGAUAAAUUCUGUCAGUGCCUUCUUUCAUAACCUGGAUAUUGAUUUUAAAUACAUCCCAUAUAGGUUUAUGAAUAGGUAUAAUGGUGCCAUGAUGGAUGUAUGGGAUGCACACUACAAAAUGUUCUGGUUUGAUCACCGUGGCAAUAGCCCCAUGGCUAGUAUACAGGAAGCAGAACAAGCAGCUGAAUUUAAGAAACGGUGGACUCAGUUUGUUAAUGUGACCUUUCAGAUGGAAUCCACAAUCACAAGAAUUGCAUAUGUCUUUUAUGGGCCAUAUGUCAAUGUUUCCAGCUGCAGAUUCAUUGAUAAUUCCAAUUCUGGACUUCAGAUUUCUCUCAAUGUCAAUAACACUGAACACGUUGUUUCCAUUGUAACUGACUACCACAACCUGAAAACAAGAUUCAAUUACCUGGGAUUUGGUGGCUUUGCCAAUGUGGCUGACCAAGGCCAAAUAACCCGAUUUGGUUUGGGUACUCAAGCAAUAGUACUGCCUAUACGACAAGAUAGAGCUAUUUUCCCCUUUGGAUUUAAGUUUAACAUAGCAAUUGGAUUAAUUUUGUGCAUUAGUUUGGUGAUUUUAACAUUUCAAUGGCGGUUUUACCUUUCUUUUAGAAAACUAAUGCGUUGGAUACUAAUACUUGUUAUUGCCUUGUGGGUUAUUGAGCUUCUAGAUGUGUGGAGCACUUGCACUCAGCCCAUCUGUGCAAAAUGGACAAGAACAGGAACUGAGACAAGCAAGAAGUCUGUGUCUUCCAAGGGGCACUAUGUGGAUCUUCCUGAUGUUGUCAUUACCUCACUUCCUGGUUCCGGAGCCGAAAUACUUAAACAACUUUUUUUCAACAGUAGUGACUUUCUCUACAUCAGAGUUCCUACAGCCUACAUUGAUAUCCCUGAAACGGAAUUUGAAAUUGAUUCAUUUGUAGAUGCUUGUGAAUGGAAGGUAUCAGAUAUCCACAGUGGGCAUUUCCGAUUACUUCGAGGCUGGUUGCAGUCUUUAGUCCAGGACACAAAACUACAUUUACAAAACAUCCAUCUGCAUGAGACCAGUAGGGGUAAACUGGCCCAAUAUUUUACAACAAAUAAGGACAAGAAAAGAAAAUUGAAAAGGAGAGAGUCUUUGCCAGAACAAAGAAGUAGAAUGAAAGGCGCUUUUGACAGAGAUGCUGAAUAUAUUAGGGCUUUAAGGAGACACCUGGUCUAUUACCCAAGUGCACGUCCUGUGCUUAGUUUAAGUAGCGGUAGCUGGACAUUGAAGCUUCAUUUUUUUCAGGAAGUAUUAGGAGCUUCCAUGAGGGCAUUGUAUAUUGUAAGAGACCCUCGGGCAUGGAUUUAUUCAAUGCUGUACAGUAGUAAGCCAAGUCUUUACACUUUGAAGAAUGUACCAGAGCACUUAGCAAAAUUGUUUAAAAUAGAGGGAGGUAAAGGCAAAUGUAACUUAAAUUCAGGCUAUGCAUUUGAGUAUGAACCAUUGAAGAAAGAAUUAGAAAAUUCUGAAUCAAACGCUGUCUCCUUAUUGUCUCAUUUAUGGCUAGCAAAUACAGCAGCAGCUUUGAGAAUAAAUACAGAUUUGCUGCCUACCAGCUACCAGCUGGUCAAGUUUGAAGAUAUUGUUCAUUUUCCUCAAAAAACUACUGAAAGGAUUUUUGCUUUUCUUGGAAUUCCUUUGUCUCCUGCUAGUUUAAACCAAAUAUUGUUUGCCACUUCCACAAACCUUUUUUACCUUCCAUAUGAAGGAGAAAUAUCACCAACUAAUACUAAUGUUUGGAAACAAAACUUGCCUAGAGAUGAAAUUAAACUAAUUGAAAACAUCUGCUGGACACUGAUGGACCGACUAGGAUAUCCAAAGUUUAUGGACUAAAUGCUGCAGGUCAGCAGAAAUUUGCACUAAUGCUUCCCCACCCGCUUUGUGGAUAUGGACUAGAAGAGUUUGUUUAUUCUUGUAUUGUGUGUGUGUGUGUGUGUGUGUGUGUGUGUGUACUUUUAUUUGCACAGAGAGAUUAUUUAAAAAAUAGGCACCAUAUUUGGCCUAGCAGGAUUUAUUUUUAUGUUACCACUUUCCUUGCUUUUGUUUCUGAAAUUUUUUUCUGCUAAAAUAUUUCUGUUUCAGAAGUUAGAUGAAAUUAUACCGUGGGCUUCCGGGAAGAUGGGAAGAUUUUAAAGGAUUUUGUUUAACUUGCCUUCUUCUGUAACUGUGCUAAUCUAUCUGGGGACCUCAUACACUACUAAAGGCCUUGCAGUUGCUGCUUUACCCAAGCAUCUCUUCCUUUCAAGAUGGACUACAAAAGUUCCUUAUCUUUUUGAAAAGGUCUUUUAACACACUUAUCUUGCACAAAGAAAAAGAAAA